GAGGGCGGGGCCUCCCUGGAACCGGGCGCCGCCGCCGCCGCCACCGCCCACGGCCGCCGCCGCCGCCCUGCCCGGCCCGGCCCGGCCCGGAGCGCCCUCAGCCCGGUCCCCUCCAGGGCCGCGGCCCCGGUGCCGGACGGGCCCCACGGGCCGGGUGUGGGCGCCCCCAUGUCGGCGCCGCUGAAGAAGGGCCCCGGCGGGCUCAUCGGGCUGAUGAAGGACGCGUUCCAGCCGCACCACCACCACCUCGGGCCGCACCAGCCCGGCGCCGUGGACAAGAAGAUGGUGGAGAAGUGCUGGAAGCUCAUGGAUAAGGUGGUGCGACUGUGUCAAAACCCCAAACUGGCCCUGAAGAACAGCCCUCCCUACAUCCUGGACCUGCUGCCUGACACCUACCAGCACCUGCGCACCAUCCUGUCCCGCUACGAGGGCAAGAUGGAGACCCUGGGCGAGAACGAGUAUUUCCGCGUCUUCAUGGAGAACCUGAUGAAGAAAACCAAGCAGACCAUCAGCCUCUUCAAGGAAGGGAAGGAACGGAUGUAUGAGGAGAACUCCCAGCCUAGGAGGAACCUGACCAAAUUGUCCCUGAUAUUCAGCCACAUGCUGGCAGAACUCAAAGGGAUUUUCCCCAGUGGCCUCUUCCAGGGGGACACGUUCCGGAUCACCAAGGCAGAUGCUGCAGAAUUUUGGAGAAAGGCUUUUGGUGAAAAGACCAUUGUUCCUUGGAAAAGCUUCCGCCAGGCCCUGCACGAGGUGCAUCCCAUCAGCUCAGGGCUGGAGGCCAUGGCCCUGAAAUCGACCAUCGACCUGACGUGCAAUGACUACAUUUCAGUAUUUGAGUUUGACAUCUUCACACGACUCUUCCAGCCCUGGUCGUCUUUGCUGAGGAACUGGAACAGCCUGGCAGUGACUCACCCUGGGUAUAUGGCAUUCCUCACCUAUGACGAGGUGAAGGCCCGGCUUCAGAAAUUCAUUCACAAACCUGGCAGUUACAUUUUCCGAUUGAGCUGUACCCGCCUGGGUCAGUGGGCCAUCGGCUACGUCACUGCAGAUGGGAACAUUCUCCAGACAAUCCCCCACAACAAACCUCUUUUCCAAGCACUGAUUGACGGCUUCAGGGAAGGCUUUUAUUUAUUUCCCGACGGCCGGAAUCAGAAUCCUGACUUGACUGGCUUGUGUGAGCCCACACCUCAGGACCACAUUAAAGUUACACAGGAACAAUAUGAGCUGUACUGUGAGAUGGGCUCCACAUUCCAGCUGUGUAAAAUCUGUGCUGAGAACGACAAGGACGUGAAGAUCGAACCUUGUGGGCACCUGAUGUGCACCUCCUGUCUCACAGCCUGGCAGGAAUCAGAAGGACAAGGUUGUCCCUUCUGCCGCUGUGAGAUCAAAGGCACGGAGCCAAUCGUGGUGGAUCCAUUUGAUCCCAGAGGAGGAGGAGGAUUGUCCAGGCAAGGGGCAGAAGGAACCCCCUCUCCCAAUUAUGACGAUGAUGACGAUGACAAAGCUGAUGAUUCCCUCUUCAUGAUGAAAGAACUCGCUGGUACCAAAGUGGAACGUCCUCCCUCGCCCUUCUCGGUGGCUCCUCAGGCUGCUCUCCCUCCCGUGCCACCCCGGCUGGACCUGCUGCAGCAGCGAGUGGCCAACCCCCCCGGGGCCUCCAGCCCUGGCACCACAUCCAAGGCCGCACCCGGUGCUCUGCACAAGGACAAACCUCUGCCGAUCCCACCCACGCUCCGGGACCUGCCGCCGCCGCCGCCUCCGGACCGGCCGCACUCCCUGGGCACCGAGAGCCGCCCGCAGCGACGGCCCCUGCCCUGCACCCCGGGGGACUGUCCUGCCAGGGACAAGCCACCCCCGCUGCCCUCCAACCGCCAGGGUGACCUGUGGCCAGCCAGGCCCAUCCCCAAAGCGCCGGCGGUGGCUGUGAGCGCCGCCGAGCCCUGGGCUGGCAGGGAGCUCUCCAACCGGCACUCGCUGCCCUUCUCGCUGCCCUCCCAGGUGGAGUCCAGGGCUGAGAACCUCCGGCUCGGCAGCACGCUCAGCCUGGACAACCCGGGGAGCUCCACCAGUGGUCCAGCAGCAACCUCAGAGUGUGAACACCCCAAAAUCAAACCCUCCUCGUCUGCCAAUGCCAUCUACUCCUUAGCUGCCAGACCGCUGCCUGUACCAAAACUGCCUCCUGGGGAGCAGUCUGAGAGUGAUGAGGACACGGAAUAUAUGUCACCAUCCUCUCUGCCUGUGGUGCCUCCAGGUCCUGCUGUGCAAAAACCAGAGCUCAAAAUGCCUUUGGAAAUGACUCAGAGUUUACGAGUUUUGGACUGUGACCAGCAGCCCGAGGGCUCCAUGUAUGAAGCAAUGUACAACAUUCACUCCCAGGCAGCAUCCUCUGCUUUCGAGGCUGUCAACACUUCUGAUGAAGGGAACCUGGCAGCAGCCACUGCCAGCAACGGCCCUGAGGAGUCAGAGAAUGAAGAAGAUGGUUACGAUGUCCCCAAGCCACCACUCCCCGUUGCCAUUGCUCGUCGCACACUGUCUGAUAUCUCCAAUGCCACUCCUGCCUUCAGCCGAAUGUCUUUGGAAAAUGACCCUGUCACAGGUUUUUCGGACGGCUCCCAAGUCCCCGAACGGCCGCCAAAGCCGCUGCCCCGGCGGAUAAAUUCCGAGCGGAAAGCCGGGAGCUGCCAAGCAGGAGGAGCCAGCAGCGGGGCCAGCUCCUCCCUGCACCUCUCCAGCGAGAUCGAGAACCUCAUGAGCCAAGGCUACUCAUAUCAGGACAUUCAGAAAGCUCUGGUCAUUGCACAUAACAAUAUUGAGAUGGCCAAGAAUAUUCUGCGGGAGUUCGUGUCCAUCUCCUCCCCGGCGCACGUGGCCACAUAGCACACGAGCACCUCCACACCUGAGCUGCUGUGGACCAACUGCCUGGGCAGCUGCUGCCCAGCUGUGCACCAAAGGGGAAGGGAGUUCCUUUAGAGACUUCGUGCUGAGGUCAGUCCUGCCUCUUUAAGAGAAUCAGUUAUCAGGUUUUCGUGGUUCCAGAUUUCAAAGCAGUGGGAUGAAACGGAGCGGUGUUUUAUACAGUGUGUGUCUUGGAGUCCUUUACCCCUACCUCUUGUCUGAGAGAACAGAUUUAUUUCCAGGGUGUUGGUAGACAAAGGUGUCAUGACAAGGGAUCCCCGAGCCCAUGCCCUGGAGGCUGGGGGGAGUUGUUUUGUGCUGUGAAUUUUAAGUGGAUGCUCAGAGAAACAAAGUCUCGAGGUCAGUGUGGUGUGUCCUGUGGUUCAUGGUACUAGGUUUGGAUCUGUUCACUGCUGUGUGUCUGGCUCAGGCUUUUUAGAGAAGCUGGGAGGUCACUUUCUGCUGGGAAUUUAUAGGAGACCUUGGAAGAAUCGUUUGAUUGCUUCCUGUUGGCCGUGGUGUGUCCCUCUUGCCUGUAAUAAUAGCAGUUAUUGCUUCUGAUUCCAGUCCUCCCUUGCUGCCUGGAUGAGCUUCUGUCUGGAGUUUUGAUAGCUGGAUGAGCUGCUAUUUUCUGAUAGCAGGGUGAGCUACUGUCAGGGAUUUUGGUCCUGGCAGUUCUGGGAGUUGGAUUUCUCUCUGGUGUGUGUGUGUGUGCUCUUCAACUGGCAGCACCAGAUUCCAGCAGCUGCAGGAGCUUGGCAUGGUUUUGAGGGGUGGGAGAGGGGACAAAGAAUUUGAGCAAGAGCAAAGAACUGGGGCUGCUGCUUCUCUCUCUGCCUUGAGCAUUUUGUGCUUCAGUGCUCAGAUUUGCUUUGUGGCCCUGCUGGGCUGGAGCAGCCGUCACUGGACACUCCCAUUGCUCUUCCCUAGGAAUGUUGCACCUGGUAAAUAGGAUGUUUUAUUUAUCUUCAUUGCAUGGUGGCUGUUGCAGACACACAUUCCUCCAGAGAGCUUUUGCAGGAGCCAUCGUCGUGCCAGGGUGUUUUGUGGAAUUGGUAGAUGCAGCUGAUGUGUUUGUUGGAAUCUCACCUGCUUUGCAGUCACAGAAGUGCAGCAGUUUCUCUGCAUGGCUGUCCAAACAACAUAGGAGCUCUCCUUUCCAUUUCCAUUUCUCUGAGGUGUUGCCAGGUCUGGUGAUAAAACAGGCCCAGGGAAAAAAAAUGUGUAUUUGUGAAGUGAUCACAUGGUUUUAAAGGUCAGAACUCGGCUGUUGCGUUGGAAAGACCUGACUUGCCUACUCAGCUACUUAACUGUUCAUACUGGAGGAGUGGAUGGUUCCUUUGGAGAGGAUUUAGAUCCAGGAGGCACAGGCAGAUCACAGCCUGACAGCCUGAGAGGCUCUUGGCCUUUGGAGCAUGUCCAGCAUUAUUUGCAUCUCCCUGAAGUCAGCAGAGGUCACCAGACUAAGGGCUGCAGGUUGCAAUAUUGCAGGAGUGGUUCUGGCAGCCGGGGGCAGAUUGGCCUUUUGAGGAAUCCAGAGGCUGGGCCAGAUGGCUGCAGUUGGCAGACAGGCCUUCAGGAGUGUUAGCAGAGCAGAAAGUGGGUUUUUAAUUAGAGGUUUUUCUCUAGACCUACAGCUUUCUGAAUUGCUGCAGUGGCUUCCAGGCAGGCUGAACUGUCUCUCUUUACUCUCCCCUCCUUUCUGCAGUGGGGAAAACGCUCUCAGACAGCGUGAGGAGAUGUGCCCUGCCCAGAGACCCCACGCUGAGGGGUGUCUUUGCUGUUUUGGGCUCAGGGCUGGCAGUGGGCAGGGUGCUCUGUGGGGCACAGGGCUCGGUGCCUGGGGGAAGAAGAAGGGGAAGAAGAGCUGCUCCUGCUCCUGUGGGCCAGUGCAGCUGCCAGGGUGCCAGCCCUGCUCCCUGUGGGAUGUGCUGGGCGUGUGGGAGUCUCAGGAGAAGCAGGGCCAGCACUGGUGCUGCUGAGGCUGGAGCAGGGGACAGCUGUGGCUGUUGUGUCACAUGAGGGAGCCUGUGCAGCCAAACAGUCCCUUGUCCUGGAGAUCCAGGUGCAAACCCUUUAGUGAGGGGUUUAUUUCCCUCUUUUUCACUCUGCCCCUGGGCUCUGGGUUGUUCUGGAGGCAUUUGGUGUGUGGCUGCUGCCAUGGCUGAGCGAGGGCUGAGCCCAGCAGCUCCAAAGCCUUAACUCUUGUCCUGCCCAGUGACCAGACCAGUGAUUCCCUGUCCCCUGCAAGCCCCUCAGGGCAGGCUGGCUGUAAUUUCCAUGAAAUCCUGCUUGGCAGAGCUGUUCCAGGCCUGUCUUUGGGGUCUAUGUGCCAAGAGAUGUUCCUGUGGGUGUUGUUCAGGUGUUAGAGAUUAGAGAGCGAUCUUUGUGGCAUGUAUCACUGAUUUCUCUGCAUGUGUCCUUUCUGUGCACUUGUUUAUGUCUCAAACUGAUUUAAGAAACUUAAGUCUUGCCUUUUCUUCCUUAGACACGUUAAGAAUUUUGCUGAUUCCACUGAGGGCAGCAGAGUCCUGGCCAUGUCUUGUGGCCAUGCUCUGCCAGCUCAAUCCAGGCACUGCCCAGUGGAUUUUUCUUGUUCUUUCUAAGCCCAAGAUCGAUUGCUCUUCUUUCCCUUCACCUCCCUCUUCUUUAAUCUUAAGAAAAUUAACUUUCUGAUGCUACUUUAAAAAGGAAAAACAACCCAAAUGUCUAGUGCCUUUCUGAAGGGGAUGCUGCGUGGCCAGGCUGGAUCCGGGAAUCCGCCCCUCUGGGAAAACGAGCUGGACAAGCAGCAGGAAACUGCUUUGGGAAGGGGUGAGGAGGAGGAGCAGGAGAGAUGGGCAAUGCUCAAUUUGGACUCUGACACUGUGUUUUGUAGCAUUUCAGCCGUGGAGCUUCCGUGUCUGGACUGGUGCUGUGCCGAGCUCGGGGCAGGUCAGGAUUGUGGGGUUGGGGUAACAAAUGCUGGAGUUUUCCCUCCAGCUGUCCCCAAAAGGAGCAGGAAACACUCCCAGAAAGGAAUGGGAAGCACUCCCAAAAGGAGCAGGAGCUGUGGGGAGCGGGAGGUGCCCUCCUGAGCAGGAUCCAGGCGAUUUCCUGUGUCCAGAGGUGAGCAGGAAUCCCAAAUCUUUCCCUUUUUUUGUGCAUGUCCUUGCCCCAGCCCUCCCCGGGGGCCAGGCAGGCUCAGGGCCCCGCAUGUGGCUCCUGCAGUCCGGGGACAUUGCUGUAGCUAAUCCUGAGGAGGGCUCCUGCCUGGAAAUGUGGUUUGAUUGAUUGCUUUGUUGGGUUUUUUGUUCAUUUCUGGUUGGUUUUUUGUUGUUGUUUUUUUUUUUUCAGUUGAGCAAGAAAAAAUGCAACUCCCAGGGCACCUUCUCAAAGGUGCCACUUUAAAGAUUAGCGGGGAAUAAGGACAUUUAUUUUUAAAGUUCCUCCUAGAAAUCUUUUUUCUUUGAAAUUCCCAGUGGAGGAAGAACUGCUGUUACUGUUGUUCUUUCUCACGGAUGACAAAUACCAAUUUGUAAAAUAUCAGUGUUAAAAAAAAUGUUGAGAUUUUCACAAGAUAUUUUAAAAAAAAAAAGUAUAAUAGUGUCAUUAAUAUAAAAUUAUAAUAGCAGUAUUUAAUCCUUUCAGAUCUGUAAAGAAUAAGGAAAAACAGAAGGUAAAUAUUCUUACAGAGAGUAGCUGAGCUUUAAGGUUCACUUGGUUUAAAGUCCUCAUUUUGUUUGCAGAUGCAUUGUUAAUGUUUAGAGGUUAUACUAAUGUUAUUUAUUAAUUGUUUCCAUCCUUGUAUGCUGCCCACUAAGAGCUUCUUUGUUUGGGAUUUCAUUCACCUGUGUCAGUAAGAAAGAAAACAAAACAAAGUUUUAUUUUUAAAUAAAAUUUCCUUUGUUGUAGCA